AUGGCAAACUCAAGGUGUCCUUUCCUCCGGACUCAGAUUGUCUUCAGUUUAGGAAUAAUAAUUUCUGCUUUGGGAGGUGUCCUAAGUUUUGACGUGACGGUUCUUCACACCAAUGAUGUCCGUGCUAGAUUCGAUCCCAUCCGGGCAAAGCGAGGCGCGGAGUGCACGGACGAGAUGAACGCAAACGGGGAAUGCUAUGGCGGCCUGGCGAGGAGAGUCACCAAGAUUCAAGAGAUACGAAACUCCACUGAGAAUGUACUACUUCUAGACGCUGGGCAUCAGUUUCAGGGCAGCAUGUGGUUUUAUGUGUACAAGGGGGAGGCUACCGCCAAUUUUAUGAAUAAAUUAUCGUAUGACGCUAUGGCUCUUGGUCAACACGAAUUCGACUUAAAAGUGGAAGGUUUGGCCACUUUCCUGAGAAGUGCUUCUUUCCCAGCUAUUGCCAGCAAUAUUGACAUUACAAAAGAACCAAGUUUGAACGGGUUACUUCUGCAAUACCACAUCGUCAACUUCACGACUGGGGAACAAGUUGGAAUCGUUGGCUACAGCUACGAAGAUACGCCAGACAGUGUAGACACAGGUGACUUGAUUUUCUCGGAGGAGAUCCAAGGUUUACAGACUGCCGUGGACUGUCUGAUGUCAAUGGGAGUGAACAAGAUCAUCGCUCUCGGUAAUUCAGGCUACGAGAAAGCUCGGGAUAUUGCCGAUCAACUCGUGGGUGUUGAUGUGGUUGUAAGCGGGCGAGAUUUCACUCUGCUUCACACAGGUGAUAAGCCAUCUACAGAGACGCCCAAAGAUGACUACCCAGUUGUGAUUCACCCUACCCGUGACUCCAGUGCUACUGUGUUAGUUGUCCAAGCCUAUGCAUACGGCAAAUACGUGGGACAUUUAGACGUCUCAUUCGACGAUGAGGGAGCUGUUUCAGGAUUUGGCGGGAAUACGAUUCUGUUGGACGAUAGUGUGGAGGAAGAUGCAGCAACCUUACAAGAAAUGAAGCCCUGGAGAGAUCACGUGAAUGAAGUGGCCAACCAGGUGGUAGGAAAGACAUUUGUCCCACUGAUGUUAUCUGAAUGUGCUACCAGGGAGUGUGCCAUAGGGAAUCUAAUAGCAGACGCCAUGUUGUUUCCUCACAUGAAUGGAACUAUGAGAUGGAGUGACGUCAGUAUUGCACUAACUACUACUGGUAGUAUUGGUUCUUCUAUUAAAGCCGGUGAUAUUACCAUUGGAACACUCAACAAGGUGUUACCUUAUGGGGAUUCCAUUGAUGUGAUUGAAUUAUAUGGUCGUCACUUAAAGGAGGCAUUAGAACAUUCAGUGUACGAGUUGGAUGAAGGAAAGACCAAUUACCAAAUGUUGCAGGUAUCAGGCAUACGCGUCUCUUAUGACUUAAACCGUACACCAGGGAAACGUGUAUUAAGUGCAUACGUCCGAUGUUCUGAUUGUAAGGUACCAGACUACCAACCACUCCUAGUAGAUACUGUGUACAAAGUUGCAAUCAACAACUAUGUGGGGUCUGGGAACUACGGCUAUUCAUCUCUUAGAGACAAUAAAAUGAACGUCAGAAAAGGUGACUUGGACGUAGAUAUCUUGAUAGACUACCUUCACAACCGGUCACCAAUUUGUCACGAUGUUGAGCUUGGUCGCCAGUGGAUGUACCGCGGAGAUGCCCCUUGUUUUGACAUACUCCAGUAACAUCAUGUUACAAAGGCCGUGGAUUCGAAUCCCACCCGAGUUAUAUACCUGUGGGGUUUGUCAUCAUAAAAUGCAGUUUAGUGUGAUAUUGUGGCCACCUUAUUUUCACUUUUUGUUUCUUAAGCACUUCUCCUGCAUGACGUUACUUCUGCACAAUCCUUAAUAAGGAGUUCACCAUUGAAAAUUAAAAUUUGAAGAAGAGUGGUAGGUAUAAGCUAUAUAGGGUGGAAGAUCCUCAACAAUAUUUUAAAUUAUUACAGAUUUUUAAGGGAACUAUACAUUCGCUAAGCACUCUUAAUUAAUGGCCGUGGACUUGGGCCAAGAACACACCGCCCGAACUCAAGCUAUGAUGUAAAUUUCGAUUCACUCUUCGGUGUCUAAAAGAAGACAUCACCCAAUUUUGGCAAUUUGAACACCUCUGUUUUUGUAGUACUUCGAAUCCUUGAUAAAAUGGUGUCCACUUUUGCCCUUAGUUCUGUUGCCUUUAUAUAAAGUUUUGUUUGCUUGGACAUGGGAUAAUUUCGGAAUCCCGAUAAUUCACUUUAGUUUUUUAGAAACCUAUCUCUAAUAUCAUAGCAGAUUGUUUUUGUUUUUCGUGCAAUAACUUAAAUUAAACGCGAUUUUCUCGAGUGUAAGAACAUCAACUACUGCAAAUUUAAAUCUGAAAUUUAGGUCAAAUCGCCCCACAAUUCACCAGACAAAACUAUUCAACUAAAUAGUGCACAGUAGAAAUGGUCACUUCAUGUUAAACUUUCUUUGUUUGGGCACUAUAAUUUAAAUUCUACUUCUUAAUUCAUGCUUUUGGCAAUUAAAACAAAUCAACACAUGUACUGAA